UAGAAAAUGAUAAAAGGAACCAAAUGAGCUAAUCAGAGGCACAGCAGUGGCAGAAUGAAAGCAGGGAAACUAACCAAUACAAGAAGAACUCAAAAGACCUACAACUAAAAUGAAAAGGCCUGGCAAUAAUCUAAAAGAAUAAAUUUGAAUGUCCAAGGAACAAACACAAGAAUAAACUAAGAAACUAAAAGCAAAGGAAUGUCUUGCAUAAUGAGCACAGAGAAAUAAAUUAAAUAUGGCAAGACUUAUGGAAUAAAAAUAUGACAAAAUCAGAAACACAGAUUUCAACACAAAUGUAGCGCAGAUUUUCUCACACUGUGCUUCUUGGCAGGUACAAAAGCUAAACUAUUUUAAAUUAAAAGGUCACAGAAUGCCUUAAAACCAGUCAACCAUAUUGUUGAUGCAAGUUAUUGCAGUAUUUUAUUGUCAGUAUUUUUUUAAACUAUUGUGGUGUUGUAGAAAAAAAUAGUUGCCAACCAUGGUUAAGUGAAAAUUACUGUCAGGUUUAGUAUUACCGUAUUUAUGAGAUGAUAUGCUCAUAAGCAGGUCAGAGUAAAAGCUCUGUCGGUAAACAGAUAACGCACCUCUUUUAUUGAAUCAGUAGAAGGGAAAAAAAUAACCAAGAAAACUAUUUGAGGCUAUUUGGAUCUAUUGAAGAAAAUUUCUCUGGGGAAAACUUCAGCAUGUUGGGUAAGACAAAUUUCCCUCUGACAAAAUAUAACAUCAUGAAAUUACACUGCCUUCAGAUUAUUAAAGUCAUAAUGUUCUACACUUAUAGUCAAAACUUUCCACCACAUUGGUCACGUGUUUCACUGUAAAAUCCAGUGUUGGCAGCGGCUACAAAGGCGUGCCAUCCACCCGACAGACUAUUUCCAUCUACAAGCUGCAGGUCAAGCAUGAAGCGCUCUGCUCUGCUUGUUUUCAUUCCCAAUUCCUAUUCUGUCUUCUCUCAAAAUCCCCAUGAAAUGUCCUAUUUUGUGGUCUGCUGUGAUGAUGGCGGCACCGACAUACAGUAUGAGUUUGAUGGUGUUUUUGGCAUACCUAUCGAGUCAAGAUCAAAUUAUAGACUUUUCCAUGACUGUGUAAAAGAUCUGCUCAAAGCUCCUGCUUGAAUGCAUUUGAAAUAACCCGCUAGGGAAGGAAAAAGCAGCGUGUGGCUGAAUCUGAUCGAUGCAGGCAAAGUGAUGAGGAUGUACGGUAGGUCGUUUCGUUCAGCAUCCGUCUCAUUUAUUUACAAACACGUCACGGAUCUCUCGUCCUUGUCUCUAAGAGGAUGGCGUCAGACCCAAGUGAUGGACUGUGCUGUUCCUGUCCCGGAGGUCGAUACCAAAAACCAGGUCAGACGGGGGUGGUACCUCACCGGGCAGCGAUAAGACCCGCAGGAUGUUUGAUAAGAGAUGUCUAUAAAGCAGAGACACAGAGCUCUGCACUACAGUCCAGACAGAGGGUAGGACCCAAACCAACUGUUCGUCUUUGACACAGAUUCAUCUUCAUCCUAAUGGGUCUCAUCCUGUCCGCCUGGCUGAACGGCCCAGCAGCUGACGGCGUCCCCUCUUCCUCGUCAGCUUUCCCUCCGCUGGGCGUCCCAACCUCGUCCAGAGUCUCCCUCAUCCUGAGCUCCUCUGCAGUGUCUCCAGGAGACAGACGCUCACGCUGGAGCUCGCAGCACCACUCUCCUCAUUUCCAGCUCUCUCAGUGCAAGCAGGAAGUGACACGCGCACCUGCCGAGCUCAGCAGCGAUGGGGUCAGGGCCGAGGUGGGGGUGGAGAGUGGGCUCCAUGUGUGGGAGGUAACUUGGAACCCUGAGCACAGAGGAAGUCAUGCAGUCAUAGGAAUUUCGAGGCAGGACUUUCCUCUGCAAGACUCGGGUUAUAAAGUUCUGGUGGGUGGAGAUUCGCUGUCAUGGGGAUGGGAACUACAAACCAAUCAGCUCUGGCAUGGUGGAGAAAUUCUGGCGUGCUUUCCGUGUGAAAGGAGGGGGUCUCUUAGACUGAAAUCCUCAAACUCACUGCACAGCAAAGAGAAAGACGGACCUCUCCUUAUUCCUGAACGCGUCCAGCUGGUCCUGGAUGCUGAUGCGGGGACUCUGGGGUUUGCUGUCCAUGGCACCUUCCUGGGUGUUGCAUUCAGGGACCUUCCUCCUGGAGUGGAACUGUUCCCAGCAGUAAGCAGCGUGAGAGGAGGAGCACGGAUUGAAUUGCGCUAUCUGAAUGGAACUACACGUGAUCCUCCCGCCCUGAAGGCUCUGUGUGGACUAUCAAUUCUGCAGAAUUUAGGGCAACAAAGGCAGAACCAAGUGGACAAACUGCCUCUACCACCUUUACUCCAACACUACCUGCUUUCCUCUUUCUAAUUCCCUUGCACAUUUCCAUGCAACAUUUUCUUUUAAAUACAUUUGUUUGUAUUGCCUAUGUUAUUUAUUGAUAGUUUUAGUAUUGAGAAACCCACUUUGGAUAAUGGUAUUAAAAACCUUCACACCAGCCUGAUAAGGACUCCUUCAACUAUAAACACAUGUACGGUAAAUAGUCUGAAUGUUUGUUUUAAUAAACCAGACUGGCGGAUACAUAAAUCUUUUCCGGGUAUCAGAUCUUUCUUUUUUCCUGGAAAUGUCACACUAAGCUUAACAACAGUCAUGCUGAAAACGAUAUUCCUAAAUUGUUGAAAUUGAUUUUAAUAGUUUAAAAACUGAAACAAAUGUGAUCUCAGGUCGUGAUCCAGAAAAUGCAACUUUUAUGAGUUGUAAGAAACAUCCAAUGUUGAGUGAAAGUGUAUCUUGUUGUUUAUUUUACAGCAUAUUUUUUGGUCAUGUUAUUGAAAUGAUUAAAACUGAAAAGUUCUAGUUUUCUUAAUGUAUUAUCCUUCCUUAAAUGUCAUCGUAUUCAUAGUUUUAAAUUCAGUUAAGCAGAAAAUUACCCACAUCUGGCAGAUUUAAAUUUCAUAUUGUUUUCUUUCCACCAACAAGUGCUUUUAUGAGGUGAAGUUAGACAGAUAUAUCUCACAAGGCAAUAAAAUAAUGCAUAGGGGGUAUCAGCUUUGAAAAAACAAAACAAUGUUUACAUAUUAAUUUAAAAAAAUAAAUCAUGUCAAAAAUUAUUUACACUGAUUUCCAUAAUCAAUGGAAAAAUCUUCAUUGGCAUUACAGGUAAUUAACCCUUCUUGUUACUGCUGGCCACCUCAUCCUCUUCCCACAGGUUCAAAUUCCAGUUCAAGCCUGAACUUUGACUGGGCCACUCCAAAAUGUGGGCCAGUCAAAAAUUUCAUUUUGAACUUAUCUACCAAUUUCUGCCAUCCAUACAUGCAUGUCUAUUGAUGCCGACAUGUUAUUUCUGUGUCACUGUUUAUUUUGGGUAAUACUUGAUGGUGCAAUUAUUACUCCACCAGUAUUUGAUGAACUGUGUAUGAACCACUGUUGUUAUACUAAAUGAUUUGAACAGAUUUCACUCAGUCGUAGUCUGGAUAUUUUCUAUGUGUAAAACAAAUUGUGCAAAGACAAUAAAAGCUUUAAAAUUG